AGCUGUAACAGCUUGCUCGCUCGGUGUCACGCGGACAGACAGGUUUGGUUUCCACGCACGGCGCUCCUCACAGAUCAGAUGCCUGGAGAGGAGCGUGGGCGCGCGCUGUGGCGCGAGAUAACACGUAAUCAAAUGUUCUUUUUGGAUCUGCUAGUCGCUUGUUGUGCUUUGGGCGUCACGGUGAGACGGAGGGGGCACGGAGGAGGCAGCGCGCGCGCCGGCGCUGCGUAAAUCCCGCGUGUUUCCAGCGGAUCCUUCAGUUUGUUUUCUGGAUCCUCAUUUCCUCCUGGACCGUAAAGACGCGCAGAUCAAAGGAAAAGUUCGGACCGGAACCGCUGCUGUAAGUUUUGCUCCAUGGACGCGCGCGCGCGGAGCUGCAGCAGCGGAGCGGGGCGACGGGCGCACCGAGCCUCCGCUGACGCGACGGAGACACACAAGAUGUUUCUCCUGGGUUCCUCUCACUUCACUCAAAUCCCCCGACAACUCCAGGAAAAAAAGGAAUAGCAUCUGUUUAUCUGCGUAGCUCGGCUUCAAAAACAAGAGACGGAGGCGCGGAUCGACGGAGGACAAAACCCUCUCCGAGGAUGUGGAAUUAGGAACGGAUCGAGGAGUUCCUCACAGAUCCACCCGCGUGGAUUCACCUCGCCUGAACCUCCGGAUUAAAGAGCAGGGUCAUGUCCCAGUUGCCAUGCGCAUCGCCACGCUGACCUGCCUUCCCGGCCCCUCCCCCUUCCUCUUUCUAUUGGCCCAGCUGCUAUUGUGGCUCCUCCUCCUCCUCCCUGGGCGGGAGUUUGUGGGAGCCGCCUCCUGCCCCUCCCUCUGCACCUGCUCCAACCAGGCCAGCCGAGUCAUCUGCACCAGGCAGAACCUGGAGCAGGUCCCCGAAAGCAUCUCCGUCAACACGAGAUACCUCAACCUGCAGGAGAACUCCAUACAGGUUAUCAAGUCGGACACCUUCAAGCACCUGAGGCAUCUUGAAAUCCUCCAGCUCUCCAAGAAUCAGAUCCGUCAGAUUGAAGUUGGAGCGUUCAAUGGCCUCCCCAACCUCAACACACUGGAACUCUUCGACAACCGCCUCACGCAGGUGCCGUCGUACGCGUUCGAGUAUCUCAGCAAACUGCGGGAGCUGUGGCUGCGCAACAACCCCAUCGAGGAUCUACCGGGCUACGCCUUCAACCGCGUGCCCUCGCUCCGCCGGCUGGAUUUGGGCGAACUCAAAAAGUUGGAUUUCAUCUCGGAUGCGGCCUUCGUGGGCCUCGUCAAUCUGAGGUACUUGAACCUCGGCAUGUGUGGGCUGAAGGACAUUCCCAAACUGACGGCGCUGGAGCGGCUGGAGGAGCUGGAGUUGUCAGGAAACCGCCUGGAAAUCAUCCGUCCCGGCUCCUUCCAGGGUCUGGGGGCUCUCCGGAAGUUGUGGCUAAUGCAUUCGCAGGUGUCCGUCAUCGAACGAAACGCCUUUGACGACCUGAAAAACCUGGAGGAGCUGAACCUGUCUCACAAUUCCUUGCACUCGUUGCCGCAUGAUCUCUUCACACCGCUCCACCAGCUGGAGAGAGUCCACCUCAACCACAACCCCUGGGUCUGCAACUGUGAUGUGCUUUGGCUCAGCUGGUGGUUGAAAGAGACGGUGCCGAGCAACACCACCUGCUGCGCCCGCUGUCACGCUCCCCCGAUCUUAAAGGGCAAGUACAUCGGCGAGCUUGACCAGAGCCACUUUACCUGUUAUGCACCCGUCAUCGUGGAGCCGCCCACUGACCUGAAUGUCACCGAGGGAAUGGCCGCCGAGCUGAAGUGCCGCACAAGCACUUCCACCACGUCUGUCAACUGGAUCACCCCCAACGGCACGUUAAUGACCCACGGGUCUUACCGGGUGCGGAUAUCCGUCCUGCACGAUGGCACUCUCAACUUCACAAAUGUCACCCUGCGAGACACGGGUCAGUACACCUGCAUGGUUACCAACGCGGCCGGCAACACCACCGCCACCGCUGUCCUCAACGUUACCGCUGCCGACACCAACGUCAACUACACCUACUUCACUACGAUUACCGUGGAGACGGAGGGCGAAGGAGGGAACAGCUACGACCUGGGUCCCAUCAACGGGACCUUCCUUCCGGGUCACCCUGGUCCCACAUCGUCGGAGCUGUGGUUUGGCGGCGUUCCCACCACAGAUUCCUCCCUCCCUCCCGGCAGAUCCUCCUCCUCCCCUCGCGCCACUCGACCAACCUUCACUGUGCCGAUCACUGAGCCGGGCUUCUCGGGUCUGGACGAUGUGAUGAAGACCACCAAGAUCAUCAUCGGCUGCUUCGUAGCGAUUACCUUUAUGGCGGCGGUGAUGCUGGUGGUGUUCUACAAGUUGAGGAAGCAGCACCAGCUGCACAAACACCACGGCCCCGCCCGGGCCAUCGAGAUCAUCAACGUGGAGGACGAGCUGGGACCCGGAGCCGGCGGGCGGGGCAGCGGCAUCUCCGGAGGAUCCACGGUGAUGCAGGGCGGGAGCAGUGGAAUAGGAGGGGGGCAGAGCCUCCGGUUGCACCAUCCGGAGAUCGUCAACUUACCCAACCUGGCUCGGUCAGAGCACCUCAACCACUAUUACAAAACCCACCACUUCAACAACAAUAUGAUGGGGCUGGGCAUUGGCACGGGGCCGGGGGCGGGCCUUAACAACAACAACAACCCGUGCUCACAAUCACAGACCUUAUCCUGCUCCCAGAUCCCAUCUGCUGGCGGGGGGGUGCCCACGAGUUGCACCCUGCCCUCGCCGGUACCUCUGUCCCAGUUGGGCCUUCACAGCUCUCUGAAGGGCCUGAAGGGGAAGGGCCAGAACGAGCCUCUACUUUUUAAGAGCGGCUCAAAGGAAAACGUGCAAGAGACUCAGAUCUAAAGUGAGGGAGGAGAACGUCUGCAAGGCUGAGGGUUGUAGCUCUCCUUUCCUAUUGGCAGAUUUUUCUACCGCAGUGUUGUGGCUUCUGUUUAAGAAGCAGACAGGAAGACAGAAUAAGACAACGCUUCCACAACUUUUAGCCAAAAAAACACCAGAAUGUGGGCGACUCGUUUCACCCUUCUCCACGAAGACGCCAGCGGUGGAAACACACAUAUGCAGCGAUCCGUCCAGAUUGUUAGGAUUAUUUCCAGCCACGUUCAGUGUAUAUAUUUGGAAGUGUUUGCCAUUGAACAUGUUGUCAGAUUAGUGUUUGGCAAAGGCGGUGAAUAACAAACACUGAUUGGUGUGUGUGCGCUGUGGACCCAGGUUUCCAGGAAGCGUUCAGAUCCAGGUGAAAUGAGAACAAAGCUGCCCGGAACAGUAAAAGCGACAAAUAGUAUUUUUUUAGAGGCGGCUUUAUGGCUGUUCUCCCUUUCACACUGUCUGGAGGAUGACUGGGAUUAUCAGUAAAGGUCAAAGGAUUUAAAAAAAAUAAAAAGACUGGACACACAUAUUAUAUAUACCGUAAAUAUAUUUUCAUUUAAAUAAAUAAAUUAUAAAGAAUCUUUAUCAAGCUUCUGACUGAAAAGUACAAUGUCUGAAAAUAUAUAUUGGAAAAAAUGAAAAAAAGGAGCUUUUUUUUUUUUUCUUUUUUUUUUUCUGUGGCUCUUCCGCUUUUCUCAACUUGGAAUAAAACAGCCACCCUGACUGCCCUUCGCAAGUGGAAAGUGGCGACCACUUUUAUUUUGGUCUCCAUUUUUUUUUUCCCCUCCCAACAGGAAGUGAAGGGUUCCUGCUUUUCCUUUGGGGAUCCGGUGGCACUGUAGUAUUAAUAAUAAUCAUUUUUUGGUGAUUAUCUUUUAAUAAUCAGCACAUUUUACCAUGUAAGUAAAGGUUUAGUUCAAAAAUCUCAAUGACAUAUUAUUAUUCCUACUACCAGAGCCAUCCGAUACCAGAGAAGCUUUUAUUUGUGUGAGACACUAAAGGAGAAACAAGAAAAAAAAUGGCUUCUUGGAGUCCAUCCCCCCACCGACGCAGUCAGGGACCCUGGCGUGAUCCGGCGCGGAAGGCAUGAACUUUUUGAUGAAGACUGCACCUUCGCAGAGGAUUAUUUCACAGCUGUAUCUCAGUGUUAUCGUGUUUGAUUGGAUUUUAUGGCAGCAGAGAGCUAAAAGGGACUACAGACACGCAGUUGGAAAGGUAAGCGAAGCAUACAGUAUUGUACACAGACGGGGAGAAACAAUUUUCUAAUGAAAAAGGACAAUAUAUUAAAAAAAAAAAAAAACAAUAGAUCUCCUUUAAAAAACAAAACUAUUCUAUGUGUUUUGAUUUUUGUUUUUUAUCUAGUUUGGUUAUUUUUUUUUAUCACGUGUUAUCUUUAUUGUAAUAUUGUUAUUGUUAUUAUAAUUAGCUAAUUAUAAUCAAGAGAGAUGUUCUGUUAGCAGAGGUCACUUUGAAAAUUAAAAAAUAUAUAUAUAUAACCUGGCACAUAAAAUGGCAGUUGUGAAAUUCAGUGGCUAUUUUGAUUUUUUUUCAUGUUCUGAUCAACUUUAAUUGUAGUAUCACUGUUUGUAUCCCUUGUAGCUGCUCUUGAGAUGAGACGAAUGUGAAAUAGUCGGCAGUGGGUCCUCCCCAGCCAGCAAAGCCAAGCGGGGCCCAUAUGGUCUAAAAGUGGGCGGAAAAUGUGGGUCCUGGUUGGGUUUGUCCGCAGUUUCCGUGGUGGUCUGACCUGUGUUUUGCCCACAUUGACUUAAAUGGGCACUCAGUGGGUAGCUCGCUACAACAGAGCUCGCUAACUCGCUACAGAGGGGCUUGCUAGCCUGCAAAAAAGGAUCUCGCUAGCUCUCUAUAGCGUAGCUCGCUAAAGAGGAGCUUGCUAGCUCUGUAAAGCAGAGCUUGCUAGCUCGCUACAGAGGAGUUUGCUAACUUGCUAAAGAGGAGUUCCCUAAGGCUGAGCUAGCUAGCUCGCAACAAAGGAGCUAGCUAGCUAGCUAAAGAGGAGCUCGUUAGCUUGUAAAAGAGGAGCCCGGUAGCUCUCUUAAGCGGAGCUUGCUAGCUCACUAAAGAAGAACUCGCUAAAGAGAGGCUUGCUAGCUCAGUACAGAGGAGCUCGCUAGCUCUUUUAGGCGGUGCUCGCUAGCUCACUAAAGAUUUGAUUUAGCUCACUAAAGAAGAGCUCGCUAAAGAGGAGCUUGCUAGCUUGUGAUAGAGGAGCUCGCUAGCUCUUUUAAGUGGAGCUUGCUAGCUCACUAAAGAAGAACUCGCUAAAGAGAGGCUUGCUAGCUCAGUACAGAGGAGCUCGCUACCUCUUUUAGGCAAAGCUCACAAGCUCAAUACAGCGGAGCGUGCUAGUACACUACGCUGUCUACCGGGCAGCUGGCUAGCGUAGUGGGCCAACCUACUGUCCCCACUUUGGCCAGUUUGGGCAAACACAGGUGGGUCCACCCCAGAAAUUGUGGACAAACCCAACCAGGACCCACAUUUUCUGCCCACUUUUAAACCAUAUGGGGCCCACUUGGCUUUGCUGGUUGGGUAUUUUUGUUUUUGUUAGUUUUUUUCUGCACAGGGGGACAGGAAAGGCCCUGCUCUGGUUUACAGGCUCGCUGUGUCCUUUUUUUAAAUUUCUUUUUGUGAAUGUCAUCACCAUCACCACACACUCAUUGCACUGUGUCAAUGCCCCGUUGCCAUGGCUACGCGUCGGUUUAAUGCGCCACCGUCGGCGCCUCCUCCCCAUCAGCUCCUCUGACGGGGAGGAGGCCAGUGUUCCUUCGGCGGUGGCCAAUCAACCUGAGCAUUGUACCCGUGUCUUCACUCUAAGCCCCCUCCCCCUCCCCCUCUCAGCAUCCUGCCAUCAGGUUACCCUGGCAACUGUUGCUGCUGCGACAGCUCUCAUCACAACGUUUUGAUUCUGAAUGCUAAAUAGUCAGAAAAAAAACUUCUUCAUUAUUGGGAAGCAUAGAAAUUCCUUCAAUUAUCUGAUUUCUGGCGUUUUACUCCAUCAGCUUGAUUCCUCAGAUCACAAACUUUCUGCUUCUAUCAUGAACAUUUUCCUCAUUUACAUAUUCUGCUGUGUGCGAACGGGAGAAAGAGUCGCGUGUUUGAUUUGAGUCUGUUCGAAAGCUAAGGACUGUUACAAAAGCCGUUUACCCUUGGUUUGUCGUGGAGCCCCCAUCUGCGGUCGUAGUCGUGGCGUAGAUCUGUGAAGUGGAGGCCGUGCCGCUGAGGCUUUGGCGGCGGCGCUGGAGACUCUCCGUCACCGUGCUGCAGUGUCUGAGUCACAGAGCAGCCAACACGCUCCCAUCAGUUUAAUGGAAGUGCUGUGUUUACGGGGCCCGCCCGGUCACCCAGGGGGAGUUCUCCCCAAAAUGCUGGGGAGUUUCUGCAUGUGUGUGUGUGUGUGUGCACGGCUGCUGUAGUGAAAGAUGUCACGCGGUUACUGAUGCGGCACAGUUCAGGUGGGCUUCUGUGAGCGCGGUUGUGUAAGAGGGCUAAGAGGGAGGAGGGGCGGUCAAACCUCCAUUUUAAAUCCCCGCUUUAAAGCAGCUCUGUCUGCCUCCUCCUGCUGCAGGCGGCUUUAAUGAUCCUCUCACUGACACUUUAAGUACAAACUGGAUCUUCUUUUUUAUAUAUAUAUAUGCUUAAGCAGAUCCCUCCUCCUUUCCUCUCUUUCUCUGCAUUUUUGGGGUAAAACCGACUCACGAAAGGUCUCUGCUCUUCAGAAGAGCAUCCUUUAAACCCCGUAGAGGGUCGGGGGGGUCGGUGCUCACGACCACAGCUGCGAUUUCAAGGUUAAUACUUUGAAUUUGAAUCAAAACGAAGGUGAAAGCUUAUGUUAUAAAACAAUCAAAAAUCUGACCUUCUAACAGUUUUUACAUUAGAUUCAGUGAGAAAUGUCUCUAAGUAAAAAACUGCACUACAAUUAUGAGUGGGAUCCCACAGGGUUCUGUCUUGGGUCCACUUCCAUUCAUUAUGCAUUAGUUUGAAGUUUGUUGCUUGGUUUAAUGUCUGUUUAGCAUUCCAUCUUAAAUAUAAAAUUUGAUUUUACUUUCUAAACAUUUCAUCCUUUCGUGUACGUAGUAAUAUGCAUUGUUAUUGCAGAAAUUGUUAAAACCCAAACUUUUUCUCAAAGUACUUUUGAAAUAUUUAAUGCACAGAAAAAUUCUAGUGGGGUAAAUUGGUUUUUGCGUCCAAAUUUGAUCAUGUUUCUGCUAUAACACCAAAUUUAUCUCCGUUAUUUCAGCUGAGGCAUCAAAACUGUUUGUGCACUUGAUUGUUUUUACCGAGUAGUUAAUAUUUAAAGUCCCACUCCAACCAUAUAUAUAUAUAUUUUAAUUGUUCCCAGUAGUCUUUUAAUUAUGACUCCCCCAUCAAAACAUCAAUAUCGAAA